GUUUCCCCUUAGCAAGAUGGCGGCGGCCGUAUCCGUUAGAGCUCGAACUGGUGAAGGGGGACCGGUACCGGUGGUGGGAAACCGGGGCUGGAGGACGGAACGGGACUCGGCGGAGUCUGUAGGGUCAGAGGAGCAGAUGGAGUCCAGACUGGAGCCGCAGGAGAUUCGGAACCGGGUGGAGAGGAUGAGGAGGGAAGUGAGGAACCGGAGGAAGAUUCUAAUUAAAGGGCUACCCGGGGAUAUCACUAACCAGGAAGUGCAUGACCUUCUGGGAGAAUAUGAGCUCAAAUACUGUUUUGUGGAUAAAUACAAAGGAACUGCCUUUGUAACACUUCUUAAUGGGGAGCAAGCUGAAUCAGCCAUUCGCCGUUUCCACCAGACACACAUACGUGACCGGGAAAUCUCUGUGCAGCUUCAGCCCACUGAUGCCCUUUUGUGCAUUGCCAACCUGCCUCCUAAUUACACUCAGCAGCAGUUUGAGGAUCUCGUCCGCCCCUUCGGUAACCUGGAGCGAUGUUUCCUAGUCUACAGCAGCACCACCGGCCGCCCAAAGGGCUAUGGAUUUGUGGAGUACAUGAAGAAGGACUCUGCCUCCAGGGCUAAGUCUGACUUGCUGGGCAGGCAGCUGGGCUCUCGCACUUUAUAUGUUCAUUGGUCUGAUGUCAACCAGCUGACUUAUGAGUUACUCCAUUCCCACUGCCUACUGGUGGAGCAGCUGCAGGAGUGUGAUAUAGGGGAUCUUAGGGAAGCCUUCUCCAAAAUCUCCGCUCCUUCUUUCUGCCAGCUGGCGUAUGGGCAGGAUGGUCAGUAUAAGGGAUUUGCAGUAGUGGAGUACGAGUCCGAUACAGUAACUGAAAUGGUCCAGCAGCAGAUGGAUGAAUCGUCGGUAGCUGGGAGCAGAGUACGGGUAUCUUUCUGUGCGCCCGGCCCGCCGGGGAGAAGCAUGCUGGCUGCACUGAUUGCUGCACUAGCAAUGGCACUGAAUCGGGGAAAUGGGCUUCUCCCAGAGCCCAACAUCCUACAGAUACUGAGCAGCUUGGGUUCCCCAGCCACACUGCAACUCCUACUGAACCCUCUACUUAAUGGGGCAGCAGGGAACAAACAAGGACUUCUGGGAGCAGCCCCAGCAUUACCUCUCCUAGCCAAUCCUGCUCUCUCCACUGCCCUGCUUCAGCUUGUCCUGCAGGCACAAACUCCUCAGAAACCUGGUAUUCUUGGUGACUCUCCUUUAUCAUCUUUGUAUGUUGCCAUGGGUCUGUCCCCCCAGCUUACACCCCAACCUGGAAAGAACCUGAUGUCCGAUUUAGGAGUUGCUGGCCCAGUCCCUUCUGUUGGACUGCCCUGUGACCUGGGUGCCCCAGCUGCACAAUCUUUCCUGGGGCAGUUAGGCCCUGAGUGGGACAGCCCCCCUCCUACUCCGGUUCUUGGGUCUCUGUUGGCUGGACUUCAGAAACAGGGAGAUUCUGGGAUGUCCCUUUUGGGAGAACCUCCCAGAGAUGUGAACAUUCACAACACCCCGUUUGGGAACUAUCCGAGCCAACUCCCCAGCAGCGGCGCAAUGGGACCUCCCAGUAAACCAGCACCUUUUAAACAAAAGCCCAUGGGGACCCGGAAUGCAAGCGUUUCAAUGCAGGAUUCGUUGCUGACCCCAACUGAUAGUUACUCGUUUGACUAUCCGGAUCUGCCACCCCAUAGGUAUUCCCAAAGCAGAGAUCAUAUUGUGCCCAGCCUGGGAAGCUACGAGUCCCGAAAUAAGGUAUCCCCGCCUUCUAGAUUUCGGGAACGCAGUAAUAGCAUGCCGCCUCCUCUCCCUCCAUUCAGUGCUGGUUCUCCUACUUCUUACUUUACCAGCGGCUUGCAAGCCGGGCUCAAACAGACCUACCUUAACAAAGCAGUGGGCAUGCCACCGAGCAGCCCCGGUGGAGUACCUCUGGGAAUAGAAGAGCUCAGCCCCCCAUCUGGGAAUGUAUUUAAGACUCCCAUUGGAGCCCAAAAACGAGGCUUUUCGCACUUAAUCCCAUCGCCAGAGCCCAGCCCCGAGGGCGCGUAUAUCGGACAACACUCACAAGGCCUUGGCGGUCACUACGCGGACUCUUACCUAAAGCGGAAGAGGAUAUUUUAGCGCCAGAGUGUGCUCGCUGCCUUCCAGACGCAAAGUGCCGCUCUCUCCUACGCCAUGAAAGGCUCUUGGUUUUUUUUCUGUUUUAUGCUGUUUACAAGAGAAGCACCAGUAAAGGCCAAGAUGGACGCCUGACUGUGCCAAUGCACAGGAAAUGCCGGAACGAGCGAUUUUCACCAUUUCCAUUCUUUGCGCCUCGGUGUGACUUAGACCUAGUUUCUUUUCUUUUAAGUUUGCUUUUUGUUUUUAACUUAAUUUUUAAGUGUCCUGUAUUAGUUGAACCCCCUUCCCUUUUGCCGGCAGAGUGAGGGGGGUAGAUUGUCUCUUUGUUCCAGUAAGCUUUCUUUCCUGAAAUUGCUUUUUUAAUUUAUAUUGUUUAUUUUUUUGUUUUUUUUAGAUCCACUGCUUGUAAAGCUCUGCCGCUUUCUCACUUUCCAUCUGUCCCGGUCUGUUUUUAUUGUGCUGCGGUUCAGGAGUUUUUUUAUUGCCUUUCUGAGCCAAGCAGGCCAGUUGUUGUUUUUCUGCUAGCCCUUAUUGUGCCUCCAUGCAGAGCAUUAUGGGAUGCUGCUUUAAUAGCCAAUGGCAGCUUGCAGCCUGCAAAUCCAAAGGUUCUUAGCGUUGUUUGUGGAUUAUUUUUGUUUUUAAUCCCCCUGGUUACACAUGCACCUAUCGGGCAUGAUGCCCACGUUCAGCUUUACUGCCUGCAGUUGCAAUUGGUCCGUGCAUAGAUGCAGCUUGGGCAGACCCAGAAAUCCUGCUUUACUCUCACUGCCCUGAUGUAGGGGCCCAGUAUCUGACUGCCUGCUGACUGCCUUAUUGUACUGCAACUGACAGCUUGUGCAUAUUGGCCAGCUAGUGUAUUGCCCCCAAGGGGGGAGGGCAUUGAGUUAAGAAAAUGAAUAUACUGGGAUCAUUUCUGUAUCUUGAAUGAUUUUAUCUUUUGCUUUAUUCCAGGUGUUUAUGAAUGUGUUUUCCUCUUUUUAAACUGGUACCCCCCCCCCCCCUGUUGUCUUGGUAUAGCUGAGCAGCUAUUGGUGGGUUACAUCUGAUUGUCCCCCUCACCCCCUGGCAUUUUCCCAAGCACUACAUCCACCCCCUCCCUGUACCCUGGAUCUGCUUCUGUCUGAUAUGUAAAGUGUACAGAGUCUGUUAUCUCUACCAAAUGUAAAUCUAUGUAUAAAGUGUUUGUUCUGUA